CUCUCCUCCUCCUCUUCCUCCCCUCAUCACUGAUGAAGAUCACUCACUCACUGCCUAUACAACACUACACAACUCUGCAGUCUGCACUUGCCUCCUCUGCAAAAACCAAGUAGGAGUAGUACUGACUCACUGCCUACCACUACUAGUCUCCUCCUUGGUGGUAGAGUAUUCUUGUUGUGUUGUGCACUUGUGCUGCAUCUGUGCAGUGUGCUGUGUUGUGUAGCAGCAGCAGCUACAAGUAGCAAAGCCAAGCACAACCACCAUCAAUUUCACUUGCUCAUUCAGCAGCAGCAGCAGCAGCAUCAGCAUCAGCAUCAGCUGCAGCUGCAGCUGCUGGUCAUCUCUCUUCUCCUCUGCUGUGUGAAGAGAGUGUGUUUUUGUGUGUGUGUUUCAGUGUGUCUCUCAUCCCUAUCAGGAUAAGCUUCUGCUUCUGCUGCUGAUCUGUUGCAUUUGCCCUGUUCUUGGCGCUCGAUUUGUUGGUAUCUCGGUGUUUGCGAUCAAUAAUUCGUUGGUUCGUUCGUUCGCCGCUAGUUGCCACCUUCGCCGCGGCAUGUCCGUGGGAUGAGAGCGACGGGCGGUGGCGACAAACCGGCCAUUCCUCGUCCUCCUCCUCCGGUGGUGGUGGUGGCCUCACCGUGAAAGCGAGAGGUAGACGACGAGGUGUCCAAGUUGCCAACAAGUGGCGUGGAGUGGAGCCGUGUCGUGCCAUGGAUUGGGAUCUCAAGAUGCCUGUUUCUUGGGACCUGGCCGAGCUGGAGCACAACGCCGUGCCGAACAUGGCGGCGGCGGCGAGCGCGGCGGAGCCGGGCAUUGCCGCGGUGGCGGCGUCGCGCGGGGCGCCGGGCCGGCCGGAGUGCUCUGUCGACCUCAAGCUCGGCGGGCUCGGCGAGUUCGGCGCCGCGGACGCGCUCAAGGAGCCCGCCGCCGCGGCGAAGGCGCCGGUGUCGAGCGCCGCCGCCGCCGCCUCGGUGGCGAAGGUGCCGCCGUCCACGAGCACGCUGAAGCGGCCGCGCGGCGGGGGCGGCGGCGGCGGCGGGCAGUGCCCGUCGUGCGCCGUGGACGGCUGCAAGGCCGACCUGAGCAAGCACCGCGACUACCACCGGCGGCACAAGGUGUGCGAGCCGCACUCCAAGACUCCCGUCGUCGUCGUCUCCGGCCGCGAGAUGCGCUUCUGCCAGCAGUGCAGCAGGUUUCACUUGCUUGGGGAGUUUGAUGAGGCUAAGCGUAGUUGUAGAAAACGCUUGGAUGGGCACAAUCGACGCCGCAGGAAGCCACAGGCAGAUAGCAUGAGUUCUGGCAGCUUUAUGACAAGUCAACAAGUUCUGUAUUCAAAUGUAGGGACAAGGUUCGCGUCCUUCACUCCUCCAAGACCAGAGCCAAGCUGGCCUGGGAUCAUCAAAUCCGAGGAGACCCCAUAUUACAGCCAUCAUCACCACCCUCAUCCGGUGAUGACCAGCCGGCAGCCGCAUUUCGUCGGCUCGCCGUCGUCGGCGACGACGGCGGCGUUCUCCCCCAAGGAAGGCCGGCGGUUCCCGUUCCUCCAUGAGGGCGAUCAGAUAAGCUUCGGCGGCGGCGGUGGCGCGGCGGCGGCGGCGACGCUGGAGAUCUCGGUGUGCCAGACCACCGUCGUCGCGCCGCCGCCACCGGAGAGCAGCAGCAGCAACAAGAUGUUCUCCUCCGACGGGCUGACGACGGCGACGACGACGACGACCACCGCCCACCACCACCACCACCACCACCAAGUGCUCGACUCCGAUUGUGCUCUCUCUCUUCUGUCAUCCCCGGCCAACUCCUCCAGCGUCGACGUCAGCCGGAUGGUCCAGCCGUCACCGGCGGCGGCGGCGGGAGCCGAGCACCACCACCACCACCAAAUCCCCAUGGCGCAGCCGUUGGUCCCCAACCUGCAGCAGCAGUUCGGCGGCAGCUCGCCGUGGUUCGCCAGCUCGCCCGCCGCCGCGGCCGUCGCCGGCGGCGGGUUCGCCUGCCCGAGCAUGGACAGCGAGCAGCAGCAGCAGCAGCAGCUGAACGCCGUGCUGGUGCCGGGCUCCAACGAGAACGAGAUGAACUACCACGGCAUGUUUCACGUCGGCGGCGAGGGCUCCUCCGACGGCACGUCGCCGUCGCUCCCAUUCUCGUGGCAGUAGCUUAAUUAGUAGCCUUCCCCAGUAAUUAUCAUUAAGAGUUAAGAGUAUCAGUAGCUGUUCCUCCCGUAAUUAGUAACUACUACUACUACCUGUGAUGUGCAGUGUUAUUCGAUCUCUUCUUGUGGUGCUUCCGUUUUAGUUACCUUACCUCUCUGAGCAGCAGCAAAGUUUCACAGAAAUUGGCAGAGAAUGGAGAUUGAUUCUAAUCA